CUCCUUUCAAGCUUCAUCUGAAGUAUAGUAUUGGUUUUGAGAAAUUUGAGAUACCCUUUUGCAAGAUCUUUAUAAUGGGUGGCAUAUUUAUAGAUGGAAAAUUCAUUCUUAGCAUAAUUUUUUCACUGUGGAGAAUGUGUUUGGCAAAAGAAACUCCUGCUAAUUUUGUGUUUGGGGAUUCUCUGGUUGAAGUUGGAAACAACAACUACAUUCCCUCACUCUCCAAGGCUGAUUAUCCUCCCAAUGGAAUCGAUUUUGGAAAGCCUACUGGGCGAUACACAAAUGCAAGAACCGUCAUUGACAUUAUAGGUCAGAGUGCUCUGGGUUUGAAGGAGUUCACACCUCCUUACUUAGCUCCCACAACAGCUGGACCAGUAAUUCUGAGGGGUGUCAACUAUGCUUCAGGUGGAGGUGGAAUUCUUAAUGAAACAGGAAAAAUAUAUGUUGGUAGAAUAAACAUGGAUGCACAGAUAGAUAAUUUUGCAAAUACCAGACAAGACAUCAUCUCAAGCAUUGGUCUUCCUGCAGCAGUAGAGCUACUUAGAAGAGCUCUCUUCUCAGUAACAAUCGGCUCAAACGAUUUCCUCAGUAACUACUUGGUGCCAGUUAUAACCGAGGUUAAGAGGAAGUUGAUACCACCGGAAACUUUUGUUGGCAUUUUGAUUGCAAGAUUCAGACUGCAACUUACAAGACUGUACAAUUUGGGUGCAAGGAGGAUGGUUGUGAUAAAUUUAGGACCUAUUGGGUGUAUACCCUUUGAGAGGGAAGUAAAUCUGGUAGCUGAUCCAGAAAAGUGUGCUGAAUUUCCAAAUCAAUUAGCACGGUCAUUCAAUGCCAAGCUAAGGACCCUUGUCACCGAGCUAAACAAGAAUCUUCCCGGGGCCAAAUUUGUGUAUGCAAAUGUUCAUAGUAUUGUGGAAGACAUCAUUGAGAACUACAUAUCAUAUGGUUUCGAGAAUACAAACUCUGCAUGCUGCAGUGUAGUAGGGCGCUACGGGGGUCUAAUCGCAUGUGGUCCUCAGCCCUCAAUGGUUUGCGAGGACCGGUCGAAGUAUGUGUUUUGGGAUCCUUACCAUCCUUCUGAUGCUUCUAAUAUGAUCAUAGCAAGGCGUCUCUUGUAUGGGAACUCCAGUGAUAUUUCACCCAUGAAUAUUGUGCAGCUCCUCCAAGCUUCUUGAUCUGCACUCAGAUGGAGGUUUUUGGUUCAUUAAACAGAGAACGUUGUUUAUAGAGUAGUUGAUCGCCAGUAUAGUUGCACCUGAAGAGAAUUGAAAGUACUCAAAUUAGUGAGAGUAAGGAAUGCCCGAAAAGGGUCUAUCUAUGGUUUGAUUAUUUGUUGUAACCUCUGUUUGGGCUGCUUCUUCUUCUUCUUC